AUGAAUGAAUUGAGAGAGAACGGCCCCGUCGCCACCCCUUACGGCCUCGUCGCCGUCCUUUGCGGCCCCGUCGCCGCCCCUCUAGGCCCCUUGCAGCCCCUUCGCGGCCCCGUCGCCGCCCCUCUAGACCCCUCGCAACCCCUUCGCGGCCCCGUCGCCGCCCCUAGCGGCCCCGACGCCGCCCUUCGAGGCCCCUCGCGGCCCCUUUGCGGCCCCGACGCCGCCCCUAGCGGCCCCGUCGCCGCCCCUAGCGGCCCCGUUGCCGCCCCUAGCGGCCCCGUCGCCGCCCCUAGCGGCCCCGUCGCCGCCCUUCGCGGCCCCGUAGCCGCCCCUAGCGGCCCCGUCGCCGCCCUUCGCGGCCCUGUCGCCGCCUCUAGUGGCCCCAUCGCCGCCCUUCACGGCCCCUUCAGCCGCCAAGCAGCCGAGCCGCCGACCUACCGAGCCGCCGAGCCGCCGAGCCGCCGAGUCGCCGAACCGCCGAGCCGCCGAGCCGCCCAGCAGCCGAGCCGCCCGGUAGCCGAGCCGCCGAGCCACCGAGCCUAG